AUGGCUCCCCGCUUAAAGCGUCAGAGAUCUGCAUCUCCAUCUAAUUCGGCCCCUCGCCGAAGGUCAGCACGUCUUGAGACGAAGCCUGCAAGCUCAUCACAGCGACUCCAGAGAGACUUGUCAAUUAUGUCUACUGACACUGAGUCUUCGGCGACUUGGCCGUCCUUGGCAGCGGCAGCGAAGGAAAGGCUGGCAAAAUACCAGCCUGAACAUCGAGUUCACGAACAUAUACUCCAACCAUCCUUAGAUGCUUUUAUUACGUGGUUACCGGAAGGCGGCCGGGAAUCCGUAGCGAGGGAUAUUGUAAAUGCAACUACGGACAAGGAUCUCUAUGAUGUUUUUCAUAAUCUACUCACUGGCCUUGCAGUGCCUAUGAAAGCUCGCUCUAAACAACAAUCUGUCACAGAAUCGCCACAUCCAAGACGGCAAGCAAAUGUAGAGGCCGUAGCCGCAACACUCAAACAGCCAGAAACUCGUGAUCCAGCCUUCCGGGAUCUCUGUCUCCGACGUGAUCACAAUUGCUGCGUCAUAACCAGCCAGAUGGACACUGACUACUGGGAGAAGCUUGGCUGUCCAGAUGAUAUCAAUUUUGGGCCUACUGAAGGCGCACAUAUUAUUCCAUUUUCUUAUGCAUCAUGGGACAAAUCAUCUAAACCACCAAAUGAUAGUUCAAGUGCAUGGGAGGUGCUCUGGCGCUGUUUCCCUCGUGUUCGGCAACAGGGAGUAUAUGUUGAAACCAUCAACAACCUGUCAAAUGGAAUAACAUUGCGAGACUCUGUCCAUACCCAAUUUGGGAAAUUCUCUAUUGCUCUUAAGCCUACUAAUUGUGAUAACAUUUAUGAAAUUAAGGUCUUCAGGAGAUACCCAAAUUUGGACAGACAACAACUUCCUGAGAGUGGCUAUAUUGAAUUGAAGAAAGCAGAUGAUGCGCAAGACCUGGACCUCCCUAGCCCUGCCCUUUUAGACUGUCAUUACCGACUUGCUGAGAUCUUGAAUGCAUCAGGGAUGGCAGAGGUGAUUGAGCGCAAUUUUCGGAAGUGGGAGGAUCUCAAGGGCAGUGCUCCCAAUUUACUCAGAGCGGAUGGGGGAACAGAUAUUGGACACUUUUUGCGUGCUGGCCUAUGGGAACGCGUUGCUGGAUAAUCACCUCCUUGACUGACUGAAACAAGGGUGGCAGUAGCUAGGUCGUCCGUGUGCAUAGACACACGUGAUGAUAAGAACCGUGCUGGUGAGCAAGACGCUGAAAAAGGCCUGAAGUGCAGCCGUUUUUGGCCUUGUGCUCACCGUAUCAUCGUUAAAUGGAGUAUACUCCUAAACCAGCCGCCCUAGAGCUAAUGCUUAUAAAAAACCAGCUAAGCAUC